AUUAAUCGUUCAGCUGUGCGCUCACACAUGUGGGUUUGUAUGUUUUGUGGUUGUGGAAGGUUUGUGAAUUUAUUAUAAUUGAAUUGUGUGCAAGUGCUAGACAUAUAUUUACGAGCCCGUUGAUGUUAUUCGGAGUUAAAACCAACGUUUGUUUGAGCUAAUACAGACAGACAGCAAGCGGGAAGGCAUUAGCAUUAAGGGUUCGGCAAAAUGAUGCACUAUCGCAAGGCCGAGAAUGUGGAGCAGGAGCUGAGCAAAAAUGAUUUACCUUUUGAGAAUUGCAUGCCAAAGGCGCACAAGGAUUUUCUCUGGAUGCACGUCAAGGGCGGCACCAAGGUGAGCAAUGUGAUUGGCUAUGCACAGUCGGCGCUGGAUAAGGGCGAGUACCGUAGCCUUGUGUGGAGCGGUUCUGGUGGCGGCGUUGUUAAGACCAUAUCCUGCGCCGAGGUGCUCAAGCGUAGCCAUCCGCUGUACCAGGUCACGCGCAUGGCCUAUACAAGCGUGGAGGAGCACUGGAAACCACAAAUGGAUGGCCUCGAGGAGAUCGUUGUCAACCGCAAAAUACCCACAUUACACAUACUCAUGAGCCUGGACGAACUGCCCGAUAGUAUAGAUGGAUUACAGAAGCCCAACACAACUAGCGAUUUCUGGCAGCACGAUGAGCCGCCUGCCCCUAGACCAGCGCCUGCUCAUAGAUCAGCGCCUGUCAAUAGACCUGCCGAUGCAAAUAGAUCAACGCCUGCAAGAGGCACAAAUAAACGACAAAGGUUUGGACGCAACAAAUCACAGCAGCAGCAGCAAACGCAACACAAUCAGCAAAGUCAGAGCAAGUCUGCAACCGAGAGUGCAGCUAGCGAACAUUCUUAAUUUUAUUU